AUGGGUUUCAAGUUCACCUACCUAUGCAAUCUGCUCUCGUCUCUCGAGGACAACAGGGUCCUGAAAGCAACGACCCAGGCGCGGAGUCGAAACCCAGAUGUUCGGGUUGUGUCCGAGUGGUUUGCUCGCCAUGGCAAACGGCUCCGUGAAUCCGAUACCAAUCAGCUAGCUUUGCUUUCAUGCAUGUUCCCGGAGAAGCGAACGGAUCGAGUAUACUGGCUACAGGAUACCAAUCUGGCGAGGGUUAUUGGCCGUUGUUUGCUCCUUGGAUCUUCCCGGCGCGAGGAGCUUGAAAAAUGGCGCACAUCCGGCGGAGCAGACCUCGGUCAAUGCGUGGAGGAUGUGAUGCGUCAGGCAGAGAACCAUAUCAGGGCUGACCAAGAAGUCACUGUGGAGGACAUUGAUGAGGCACUGAACCUAAUCGCAUCCCGAUGUCGGUUCUCCGGUCCGAAAGUUCGAAGACAGCGCUCAGCUAUUGACGUUGAGGAGACGCUCUCCCCUCUUUACCGUCGUCUUAGCAGCAGGGAUGCCAAAUGGUUGACUCGAAUGAUACUUAAAAGUCAUUUCUCUUCUAUUAUACCAGAGAGGCUGACCUUGAAGAAUUUUCAUUUUCUGCUACCUCAUUUACUACUAUUUCAGAAUUCGUUCGAGGCUGCCGUCGGGUUGCUGUCCUCUCAGCCAAUCUCUCAUUUCCCGCACCAGCCUGAGCCUGGACUCGCAAAGGACCUUGGCAAAAUAGCCUUAUAUCAUCUCAGUCCAGAGAUCGGCAUCAAAAUUGGACGGCCGGAUUACUACAAGGCACGGAGCGUCAGACAUUGUUGCAAUAUGGUUGGACAGCGAAGAAUGAGUGUUGAGAGGAAGUAUGAUGGCGAAUAUUGCCAGGUACAUAUCGAUUUCUCGAAGCAUCCAAGUUCGAUCCAAAUCUUCUCUAAGAGCGGUAAAGAUUCUACCGUAGACAGGGCGGGCGUCCAUCAAGCGGUCAGGGAGUCCUUGAGAAUGGGCAAGGAAGGCUGUAGAUUCAAACGCCGUUGCAUCUUAGAAGGUGAGCUGCUUGUUUGGAGCGACAAGCAUCAGAAAAUUGAGCAUUUUCAUAAACUACGCAAAUUCGUCUCGCGAUCCGGUGCCUUCAUUGGCACAGAAAGCGAUUCUCUACCACAGCCGUAUGAACACUUGAUGAUUGUCUUUUUUGACGUCCUACUCCUCGACGAUGACAUUUGUUUACGCAAACCACACCGAGAAAGACGCCUGCUGCUGAAGGACACGAUAAAAUUAAUUCCCGGUCUUGCCGAUAUUGCUGAACAACGUAUCAUUGAUUUCUCCCGCUCGGAUGGUCACAGCAAACUUGAAGCUCUCUUCUCCAUGGGAAUUGCUGAGCGGUGGGAAGGCUUCGUUCUGAAAGGUUGCGAGGACUCAUAUUUCCCAAUUCUAAUUGAUCCAGGAGAUAACUGUGACGGCCGCUGGAUCAAGCUCAAGAAGGAUUACAUUCCAGGAUUGGGUGACACAAUAGAUCUGGCAUUAAUAGGUGCAGCAUAUAAUUCCCGUGAUGCUUCCACCCUCGGGUUAGGGAAGGAGGUGUCGUGGACGCACUUUUUUGUGGGCUGCCUUGAUAACAAGGACUCUGUCCUGCAAUCCAAUGCCAAACCUAGGGUUCAUGUUUUAGAUGUGAUCGAUCACCAUUGCAUGAGCCAGCCAAAUAUGCGGAUGCUGAACAAUUUCGGCAAGUAUAGCGCGCGGAGCGUAGACUCGGACCACGGUCUUGAUAUCGAACACGUACGGCCGGGCAUGCCACGAAUAGAUAUCGUGUUCAAGACACCGUUCGUGGUUGAGAUGCUGGGGAGUGGAUUUGAGAAGCCGUCUGGCGCUCGGUAUUAUACCCUACGUUUCCCGAGGAUUUUGAAAAUUCACUCAGAUCGUUCAAUCGAAGAUACUGCCUCAUUUCGAGAGUUGCAGCUUCUAGCUGAAGCUGCGGUAUCAGCUCCCGCAGAGGAUGUCCUAGAGCAAGAGGCAGAGUGGGCCAAGCGCGUCAAAAUGAGCACGUCUAGGCCAGGUUACCUUCAAGACCGAUCACAAAGUUUAUCCACUGAACCCUCCCCGAUCUUAUCCAGGAUGGGCCCCAUUACGGCGAUUGAAUCUGAGCAAGCUGAACCCAUAUGCUGUUCCAGCCUGGAAGCCUUAUAUCAAGAUGGCCCAACGAAACGAGUCUCUCCACAAACCGAAACCUUCGCAAAGACCAUCCCUGUAUACGUUGAUACUCGUCCGACGUCAAGUUCGUCAGCCGGGUCACCGGGACCUACAGGGGACGUAUUAGCGAGCAACGAGAACAUAUCUCAAGGAAAUGCUAGAAAACGGAAAGCAGUAUCACCAGCAUUGGAACAACAUACCAAGAGCAUCUACCAAGGGUCAAAGAAGGAUGAUCAAUCAAUGGGUGAUAACAUUAACCCAACACUGGAGAACACGCCUGUCUCGGCAUGUCUGGGAAUGGCAAAAAAGGGUCGAAUCAACGACACGAACGUUGGGGCUUCUGAUAAUACAGGUCAGGAGGUGUUUGGAUCUGUUCAGUCUCCUCUCACUAGGAUUCCUGUGUUCAUCCAUUCAGAAAUUGUGCCCAAAGAGCAGUCAACUUUCAAUACUUUCACAAACAUCGCCCAUACACUAGAAAUAUUUCUUCUCAUGCUAAACCAAGGGGACCACGAAUCUAAUAUGCAGCAACCAACCGUGACUGCUGCGUCCCAGCAUCCUCUUUCGGGAAUCGUAUUCAUAGACUAUGGCCAAUACCCCUUAGGCGAAACCCUGCUCCACCUCAUCAAACGCAUCUCACAAGCCUUCGCCGUAUCUCCAUUCAACCACUACCCCCAUCCCAAAGGGCGACUCUUUCUCCUCAAUUCAACCUUCCUUCAGCUUGAUGUUAACUGGAAGAGCAACAAGCUCUGUCUGCGCAAGGUCUGGGAGAAAAUUAGUCGAGAUUAUUUCUACGCUUGUAUAGCCUGGGACAAAGAAGCACGACAUGGGGAACUAAUCAACGAAGUUUCUAGUAUUCUGCUGGAUGAUAUCACUUCUCAUGCUCAUCGAGGUUCUCCCGGCACGAUCUCAAGACGGAAUGGGAAAUAUUCCCCCAAGUACAGGAUAUCAUUUGAUCGGAAGGAGCUCUUAGAUCUUGGGGAAUUUAGUUCCCUUGAUCCUCUGGUUCGUGUUUAG